AUGGCAGACGUCAGUCUCCACGAUGGCCCUGCGCCUUCUGCGCCCUCCUCGCGAGAUGCCGAUGCGCCACCAGCAAGUGCUGAUUCCGCAGGCCACUCGGCGACGCCGGCGAUCUCGGACGAGCUCAAGGCUCGUAUGGACAAAGUUGUUUAUUCAGAUAUCGGUAUUACCACCCUCCUGACCCGGUUGAAACAGAGCGUCGCCUCGGCUAGGGAUUUCUCAACAUUCCUCAAAAAGCGAUCUUCUCUAGAAGAGGAGCAUGCUCAAGGCUUGCGAAAAUUAUCCCGCUCUCUCCUCGAUGCAUCUGUCCGCACCGAUAACCGUCAAGGCACCUAUAGCCAGAGCCAUAAUGACCUGAGUCGAUUCCAUGACCGCAUGGCGGAUCAUGGACUACAGUUCGCGGUGUCCCUGCAGCAAAUGGCUGAUAAUCUUCAUGAGUUGGCGUCGAAUAUCGAGCGGGGUCGCAAGCAGUGGAAACAAACCGGUCUGAAUGCGGAAAAGAGAGUGAUGGAGGCGGAGGCAGCAGCGGAGAAAGCGAAGGCUAAAUACGAGUCGCUUGCGGAGCAAUACGAUCGAGUGAAGACAGGCGAUAAGCAAGGUGGGAAAUUUGGUCUGAAGGGUCCAAAGUCGGCCGCUCAGCAUGAGGAAGAGCUGUUACGCAAAGUUCAAAAUGCAGACUCGGAUUAUGCGUCCAAGGUACAAGCUGCCCAAGCAGCGCGGCAGGAGCUGGUUUCCACCCACCGACCUCAAGCUGUGCACAAAAUCCAAGAAUUGAUUACACAGUGUGACUCUGGCCUUACAUUGCAGAUGCAAAAGUUCGCAACAUUUAAUGAGAAGCUCUUGCUGGGCCAGGGCUUGUCUAUCAGCCCCCUGAAAGAUAGUGCGGUGAAUGCUGCUGCCGCACCGAAGAGUCUCUCUGAAGUUAUUCAAGAGAUUGAUAAUGAGAAAGACUACCGCGAUUAUGUGCUGAGCCAUCAGAAUAAUCCUGGGGCGGUAACUUCGGAUCAGAUUAAGUAUGAACGCCAUCCGACGCUUGGAGGUACUACUGGGCCUGUUGUUCCGGCCUCCCAAACCAGUACACAAAACAAACGUAAUUCGUCGAUGUUGCUUCAAUCGUUUUCCCAGCAACAUCUUCCGGCUCAGUCUUCUCAACAAUCCCCCGCACCAGCACCAGCACCAACUGCGGCUCCCAUUCCAAGCACUCAGCAGUCAUCUUACCCUCACAAUCCGGAUUCAUACUCAUCCUCAACACUCCAGCCGCCGUAUCCGGUGAGUGACGGCCCAGCCGUGCCAGAAAAGCAACCCUUAAAUCCGCCACCCAUGGCAGCGGCACCGAGCCCGUUACCACCAGCUGGAGGAACUUCAGGAAACUUCCAGCAGCAUCUUCCCCCAUUGAAACCCGUCUUCGGAGUUUCCCUGGAAGAUUUGUAUUUGAGAGAUGGAACUGCCGUUCCUAUGAUUGUCUACCAAUGUUUCCAAGCUAUUGAACUUUUUGGUUUGGAUAUGGAGGGCAUUUACCGACUUUCCGGAAGUGCGAAUCAUAUCAACCAGAUGAAGCAACUUUUCGACAAUGAUUCAUCGCAGGUCGAUUUUACAAAUCCGGAAAAUUUCUAUCAUGACGUGAACAGUGUUGCUGGAUUACUCAAGCAGUUCUUUAGAGAUUUGCCCGACCCUCUGUUCACGUCGCAGUCUUAUUCUGACUUCAUAAAUGCAGCCCGUAUUGACGAUGAUGUUCAGCGUCGAGACUCGCUUCAUGCGCUUGUAAAUAGUCUUCCAGAUGCACACUACGCCACAUUGAGAGCCUUGAUUCUGCAUCUCAAUAAGGUGCAAGAACAUUACACCCAAAACCGUAUGAACGCAGGAAACAUUGCCAUCUGUUUCGGGCCUACUCUCAUGGGCGCCAGUUCCGGCGGCAACGUCGCCGACGCUGGUUGGCAAGUCCGUGUUAUAGAAACGGUUCUUUUAAACACUUUCCAGAUCUUCGACGAUGAUUAG